CGAAAAAGUGCCCUCGGAACUUUCCAUAAAAAAUCAAAUUGACAAGAAUUAUACAAUAUUUUGUCACAAAAAAGAAAAAUAAGAGAGAUUUUCAAAAGUCCCUUCGCAAAAAGUCUCCAAUCCCCUUGAUAAUCUUCAAAAAAUAAAAUCCACGAAACCGUUCGAUCUUCGGCCACGAAUCGGAUUCCUCCUGUUGAUCCUCCACCGUCACCGAGCGAAAUCCCCCCCGAUCCUGUUCCUGUCCUCCUCACGAGCGUGUAACGUGUUGAACGAGGACGAAUGCAUCCCGGUUAAAAGUCAUGCUUUACACAGUGGCUGUGUUCCGUGGCUCUCUGGUGGGAGAAGUGAUAGUCCUUACCGGGGUAUAGCACAGCGGCACAUUAUGCGGCUAUGGUGGAAUCAGUCACUGGCGAGUUGUGGGUGGUGACUAGUCGUCGACCCAUCCGUCCGUCUACGUAAACGUGUUUCCGCGUAACGUUCUGCCGUCUCCUCCUCGUUUCACGUGGCCAAAAUCCCGUAGAUCGCGAUCGAAGCCAUCGAUCCGUCCUCUUCCCCCUCCUCUCUCCCUCUCUCUCUCUAUCUAUCUGUCUAUCUCUAUCUCUCUUGCUCGGAGCACCGCCGCGGUGCACGAUCGCGCACGUGCCGUGGCGUAUCCUCCGCCUCGAAAACUCGGUUGAUCCCGUUCAAUCCUCGUUCCAUCUAUGGGUGUUGGGGAUCCACGGAUAAUUAUCGGUCUCCCGAGCCAUGGAUGGAAAUUUUAUCGGUCGUGAAGGAAAAAAGUGUAAUGGUGAAGUUUCGUCGGUGAUAGGAUUUUAAUCGCGAUCGAGUGAGAGAGGAUUUUUUGGAGAGGGAUUUAUACCGGAAGAAAAGUAUUUUUACGAGUAAAGUUUUCGAGUAAUCUUUUUCUUCUUUUUUCCUGGAUCUUUGAGGAGACAUCGAAUCGAUAUUGGAAAUAAUAGAAUAAUAAUAGCAAGAUUUAUAUUUUGUUCGUCUCCGAUGGGAUAGUUGAUGGAACAGUCGACUCAAAUUUUGUAUCUUACGCGAGAUACGCGCGAGUAGCAAGUGGCGAGUUGAGGCAAGACUUUGUUGUUCGUCUUUUAUUGGAAUUAAAACUCUUGUGAGAAGUCGGGUGCUUCGAGCGUUGGGGAAACUGGAUUCGAAAGGACGGAAAUCGAUCGAUGAUCUUCUCUGAUGGAGCCAAGAACGAGGAUCGUCUUCGAGGAAACUCUGUUUGUUUCGAUGUCGUUCGUGCGUGCGAUUUCCAAGACGCAUAUCAGAAUUGCCGGUGUCGAUCACGAUUUGACUAAUCACGCUGGAAAUUAAGUUUCGAUCAAAUUGAUGAAAUCUUCAACUUCUACUUCCCGUAUAAAAUACGUGGCGGAGCAAAAUUUUCAUAAAACUAUUCGUCCUUGAAAUAUCUGUUGCCUGAGAGUGAAAAUUCGGAUUAUUUGAUCGGUACAAGUGUAAUUAAAAGACUAUUAAGCAAAAAAAAAGAGGAGGGGAAAUUCUCAUUGGAGAUAAGAAUAGCAUUGACCAAACUUUGAAAGAACUGAAAUUUUAUCACAGAAAUUGUUUAUCACGUUACAAAUGUAUAAAGUGACCGGAGAGAAAAUUUCGAGAAAACGAAUCGAGAGAUAAGAAACUCGAAGUUUCGGAACAAAGGUGAACGAGUUGUAGUCAAUUCCUGCGCGCGUCAUCCGUUGGAUCUCUAAGAGAAUAUUCGAUAUCUGGCGAAAAGAUUCCACUGUGAACAGGGUGUAAAGUAUCGAAGAUCUUUUGAAGUAUCGCAGAUCCCUCCAGGAAUCGGAUGACACGAUAACUUGCAGCGUGAAUGGACGAUCCCCGUAAUCCUAUUGCGACCUUCGAAUCCAGUAUUUAGUUAUCGAAUUCAAUGCGUAGAAUAAUCGUGGAACAAAAUGAUGGAAUGUUGAUAAUAAAUAAGAAACUUCCUGUGUAAGAGGUGUGGAGAGUUGUGAUGAUAGAAAGAAAUUUGGAAGAAUUAUGGAGAAAGAAACGUGAAAAAUUCGUUGGAGAGAAAGCGAAAGGAGAGAAGAAGGAUGUUGAACAGUAGUUGAACUUGGUAUCGGUUUAGAAAAAAAUGGUGGAACCAAGGAGAUCUAGGUAAUACCCUAGAGGACACUUGCUGUGCAAUCUACGAGCCAUCUUCCGUGGUUCGAGAUUUCGCGAUAACCAGAGGAAUGGAGGAAAGUUUAUUUUAAACUUAACCACGUAGAAUCUCUCUUUAAGAUUAGAGGUAACGAUGAACCGAUUUGGGAAUAACGAAUAAUUUAAUUCUUACAGCGUAUGUGUACGAUUAAAACAAAAAAGAGGAUGAACAGAUCCAACCAUUUCUCCCUCUAAGAAACAUCUCAAAAUUCCAACAACUGAAAAGAGAAGGAGAGAAGAGAGGAAAGAAAUGCUUUAUACAUAGAUUCAACAAAAUCUCCAAGCACGCCCAAUAAUAGGAAUAAAACAAGCGAUCAACUUACCUUUCUUCUGUUCAAAUUUUCAAGGAACAUCGUGAUAACAGUAUUGUAAAUAACAAAUAUCUCGUCGUUCUCCAAUUUCGUCUCCAAGAUGAACGCUUGAAUCCAUCUUCCAUAGUUACGCGAACCGAAACUCUGCCGUUUACGUACAAUUUCCCUCUUGAUCAAAGUGGCAAAAUAGCCGACAAAAUAGAGUAUCCGGGUGGAAGCGGUAUGUACGGGGGUGGCACGGGUAGCGGGGGGUAUGGAGUGGGUUUGGGCCCAGGAGCGGGCCCGUCGCAUUACAUACCCUCCGCCACGUCCGUCGGCUACCAACUGCCACCCCCGCCGCCCCCACCGGCCUGCCCAAGCGCCGGAAAUCAGCUGCUCACUUACGGGACCAACUUAUCGCCCCAUCACAUGCAGCAGACCCAUGCAGGAGAGGCGCAACAGUCCAAAAGGCGGAGAUCCGACGAGGAUGAUCCCAGUGGGUGUAAAUAUAGAAGGUUGGAGAACGAGAAUGUACAGGACAAAGAAAGAUUUGCGAGCAGGGAGAAUCAUUGCGAAAUUGAGCGGCGGCGGCGGAACAAAAUGACCGCCUAUAUCACCGAAUUGUCCGACAUGGUGCCGACGUGUUCAGCCCUAGCCAGGAAACCGGACAAAUUGACCAUACUCAGGAUGGCGGUCGCCCAUAUGAGAAACCUCAGAGGAACCGGAAACACAAGCUCAGAUGGCGCGUACAAACCCUCCUUUCUCACCGAUCAAGAGCUGAAACACCUGAUCCUCGAAGCAGCGGAUGGCUUUCUGUUCGUAGUCAGCUGCAACAGCGGAACGAUCAUCUACGUAUCCGAUUCUGUGGCACCAGUUUUGAAUUACACGCAAAAUGAUUGGUACGGCACCAGCCUCUAUUCGCAGGUUCAUCCGGACGACACAGAAAAAGUAAAGGAACAAUUGAGCGGUGCUGAGCCGGAAAAUGGAGGCAGAGUGCUGGACCUGAAAACGGGGACAGUAAAAAAGGAAGGACAGUCAUCGAUGAGACUAUGCAUGGGAUCGAGGAGAGGCUUCAUUUGUCGCAUGAAGGUGGGCAACAUGCAGACGACAGGCGACAUGGCGGCCGCUCAUGGCCUCCAUCACGUAAAACAGAGGAAUUCGCUCGGUCCACCGGCCCGCGAUGGCCAAAAUUACGCGGUGGUUCAUUGUACAGGGUACAUCAAAAGCUGGCCCCCAAACGGUGAUUUUGUUCCCCCAUGUGUACCAGGUAUGGGACUAGCUGAUAGAGAGGCUGCCGGUGUUCCAGUUGGACCUGAUGGUGUAGUUACAGACGAGAAUGUUAGCAGUCACUGCUGUCUGGUUGCCAUUGGGCGACUACAGGUCACUAGCACGCCAAAUAGUAGCGAUUUAGCGGGUUCAAAUAGCAAUAACGAAUUUAUUUCGCGUCAUUCAGCAGAAGGUAAAUUUACCUUUGUAGACCAAAGAGUCGGAGGAAUUUUAGGGUACACACCUUCCGAGCUCUUAGGUCAUCCGUGCUAUGAAUUCUUUCAUCCUGAGGAUUUAACGCAUAUGCGAGAAAGUUUCGAACAAGUACUAAAGCUGAAAGGACAAGUGGUGUCUGUAAUGUAUAGAUUUCGAGCCAAAAAUCGUGACUGGGUAUGGUUAAGGACGUCUGCAUUUGCAUUUUUAAAUCCGUACAAUGAUGACGUUGAAUAUAUCGUCUGCACAAAUACACAUGCCAAGUCAUUCCAUCCUGGUAGUGAUGGUCAGACAGAAAAUGAAGCUGUACCUGCUUAUGGACAACCUGGUUUGGAUUAUUCCCUUCAAAGACAUCCUGCUAGGGAUCCUCUCUAUUCUGGGCAUCAUAUGAUGCAACAUCCAGCGACUGUUGCUACAGCUGGUCCCCAGCAACCUAGGCCGUCCAGUACACAAAAUGUUUAUCAGGGAUAUGAAACAACACAAUCGCCUAUAGCUUACGGCUCACCUGGUCAGCAAAGUGCAUCUUCAUCAGUUUUAAGUAGAAUUCAAAAACCAGCUAAUACAUCGCCAACUCCAGUACAACAAGCAUGGGCUAUUGGAAGACAGCAACCUGUAACAGAAGGAUAUCAGUACAAUCAGUUAAGUCCUUCGAGGUCACCAAAUGGACCAACUUAUACUCAAUUAAGUAGCGGUGCUAGAACACCGGCUACGCAAUAUCAUGCAGUCACAACAGUACCUAAUAAUCCCGGCAUGUGGGGAUGGCAAAGCCAGCAACAUCAAGCACCUCAACAGGACGGUGGACAAUCAAAUCCUCAAGUGACUGGACAAGCACAACAACCUCAUCCUUCUCAAGGUGGACCUGGCACGCAACCUCAAGAAUUAUCAGAUAUGUUACAGAUGCUACAAGAUCAGGGUGGAGCGUCUGGUUUCGAGGAAUUAAAUAUGUUUAAUACUAAUUUCGAGUAGCGACAACAAAAUAAUAUGGAAGAUAAACAUCUACCUUAAAAGAGCUUUAAGGUUCGAAUUUCAUUGAUAAAAGGAUUGUUUCGUAAAUCACUCUUACUUCAGCAUUUAAUGGUGAUAUGAGAAUUCGCCAAUCAGCACCUCAUACAUAAACUUUAAUUGAAUUGAUUAAUUUACCAUAGAUUCAUCUGACUUUUAUAAUUAAUUUAUGAGUGCUUCCGUUUUGCGAGAAGUUUUUAUUUUAUUGGUUUACAAUACGAUUUUAAUAACCGUAUCAAAGUUUGCGCAAUUAAAUUAUUCAAAAUUCGUGAAUAUCAUUUUGUGAAAGUGCCAUUAAAUGUUCUAUUUGAAAAAUAGAAUAUGUAAAGUGGAAACUUAUAAUACGCACAGAUGGAUCAUUUGAUAAAAUUUAAAAAGAUUUUAACGAAAUACGAGGUUUUUAGCGUUUGAUAUGACAAAUAAAUAACAGAAUAGAAUCAUUUUCAACAGGAAAUUAAUUAAUUUAUAUUUUUAAGUUUUUCUCUUUUUUUUUCUUGUAAUUAAAAUAUAGAUUAGUAUUGAACGAAUGAUUUUUUUUUAUCAUUUUUUUCUAUUGAUUUAAUCUUAAAAUAAAAAAAACAAUUUAAAAAAAGACAGUGUAAAUUAAGAAAUGACUUUUUAACUCCUCUCACUGUUAAAGAAAGAAAGAAAAUGCAAUUAUAGUAACGUAAGUUAUAUUUAAAUUGUAUAUGAAGUUUCAAGAACGAUAAGAUAAUAGAGAGUUUGAAGUUUCAUUGAAUUGUUGUUAAAUGAAUGUAAGUAUAUGUAUAAAAUUUUGGAUAAAAAAGAAAGGGCAAAAAAUGCGUGUAAGAUUUGUAAUUGUUUAAGAAAAAGUGAUUCUUCAUUAAGAUUUCAAAUGAAAAUAUAUCGGAUUAUAUGUAUUUUGUAUGAUUAUUAUCACUUUACAUUUUUAUAGAAUUUUAACGUGCUCAUCUGUGCUUAUUAAUAAGUAAUAGAGAGUAAUUUCUCUCCUUUUUUACGUAGCGAUUUUAUUUCAGAGAGAAAACUAGCAUACUUCGAUAAACGUUUAGAAAAAUGCAUUCUAAACGAUAAGAAAAAAACAAAAAUAAAACAAAGUAUUUUUAAAAAUUUCUUAAUCAAACUUAAACAUAAAUCAUGGUAAUUUUAAUACCAGCUUAUGAUUAGAUUUUUAAGAUUAGCUUAGUUAUUUUAUUUUAGAUCUUUGUAAUUAUAAAUAGUGCAAUCGUCAAAAUCGACGCUGAACGAAAAAUAUUGUUUGAAUUCACCAACAACAAUAAUGUACAAAAAGUUAUGUAAUCCACUUUGCUUCUCUGUGCGAACAAAAAAAGGCAAACAUCAUUUUUAGAUAUUUCUAAAGAAAAUAUAGAUAAUGUUACACAUACAAAAGCAUAAUUGCAUUUAUAAGUAACCGCGUGUGAUUUAGUGCAUUGUAGAUGUACAUGUUUAGCAAAUUCUUAUUAAGUAGAAUGAAAGAACAGUUGCAGCAUAUCAUGAUGAAUUGGGAACAUUUGUCACUAAUAUAUAUAAAAAUUUACAUUACACGUAUAAUUCUUUUUAAUCAUCCUUUGUCGAAAGUAGCUACGAUUACUGACAAUAAUUAACAUAUUGAAGUCGACGAAGGCAUCAAUAUGUAUAACGCAAUUAAUUGAUUAAACUUCAAAACAUA